CUCCAUACCCUAGCCACAGGUCGAUCCGCUAAGUUUGAGCAACGCUGGAUCCCGUGAGAAUAGUUGUAACAGUGUGCUGACAAGGGGUGACUUUCGUGUGUUUUGGUCAAGUGCUAUAGACGUUACCUAUGCACUGCAUCUAAAUGUCUGGUUUGGGGCUAAAAGACGGGUUUUACCGCGUCGAAUUAAAUAAGACAGUAUGGGAGGUGCCCGUACGCUACCAGCAAUUGUCACCGAUUGGAGUUGGCGCUUACGGCCAAGUUGUGUCUGCCUUUGAUGUCAUGACAAAUACCAAGGUGGCAAUCAAAAAACUAGCCCGUCCUUUUCAGACUGCCAUUCAUGCUAAACGCACCUAUCGGGAACUUCGCAUGUUAAAACACAUGAAUCAUGAAAAUGUAAUUAAUCUGCUAGACUGUUUUACCCCAAGCCACACUCUAGAGGAGUUUGGUGAUGUAUACAUGGUAACCGCUCUCAUGGGAGCAGAUCUGAACAACAUUUUCAAGACCCAAAGGCUCAGUGAUGACCAUGUUCAGUUCCUUGUAUACCAAAUAUUGCGUGGGCUAAAGUACAUUCAUUCAGCUGGAAUCAUUCACAGAGAUCUGAAGCCCAGUAACAUUGCAGUGAAUGAGGACUGUGAACUAAAGAUAUUGGAUUUUGGUCUUGCUCGACACGCUGAAGAUGAAAUGACAGGUUAUGUGGCAACACGAUGGUAUCGUGCACCAGAAAUUAUGCUAAAUUGGAUGAAGUACAAUAAUACAGUGGACAUCUGGUCAGUUGGAUGUAUUAUGGCAGAGAUGAUUGUUGGCAAGCCUCUCUUCCCAGGAACUGAUCAUAUUGAUCAGUUGACAAGGAUUUUGCAGCUUGUUGGCUCCCCAGAUGAUCGCCUUUUCGACAAGAUUUCCAGUGAUGAUGCAAAGAGGUUUAUAAGGUCAAUGCCUAUAAUGAGGAAACGAGACUUCAAGGAUGUUUUCCACAAUGCAAACCCUGAAGCCAUCAAUCUGUUGGAGCGGAUGUUAGACCUUGACACAGAAAGACGUAUUUCGGCCACAGAGGCUUUGGCCCACCCCUACCUUAAGCAGUAUGCAGACCCUCAGGAUGAGCCAACGGCCCCACCUUAUGACCAGUCUUUUGAAAACCUUGAACUACCUAUACCAGAAUGGAAACGUUUGGUGUAUGAAGAAGUUGUCAACUUUGUGCCACAGUCUCAGCCUGGCUUGGAUCAGGAAGCCAUAGGCUGAUGCCAUUAACAUCUUAACCAAUGGCCAUGUGCUGCCAAACCAAGAUAACAUGGCUAAGAAUUUCGUCUUUCUGCUGUCCUCAGGAGUCUCUAACUGUUUCCCUCUUCCAAAUCUGUUCUUUGCCCUGUAUUUAUGAAAAGUAAAUCUGGCUGAUACCAAGCUUUGACUGGUUCACCACAUUGUGUUCCAGGCCUCUUCUGACUGUAAAAGUGUCAACGCAGAGAGAGAAAAGGGUUGCAGUAAGUGAAUCUGGCAAAGCGUAGACACACUAGGGUUCAAAUAACCCUCACGAGGAUAUGCCUUGUUCUGACUGCUGUGAUUGAAAACAAUUCUCCCUCUCCCAUGCAACAUUGUGUUUGAUAACUCUUGCAGGGUGUAGAUUUUGUUUUCAACAAAGUAGAAUGUUUUUGGAAAGAUUAUGUGUGACUGCUAUUCUGGCCUAGACAGGAUUUUCUCAUUUUGUCAUUUAUGCUGGUUGACAGGCUGGAGUCAUCUAGGUGUUUGAAAGAAUUUCUUAUUGGAUGCUGAUCAAUAUUUUAUUGUUGUCGAUGCAAGUUUAGAUGGCAGAUUUGCAUGCAUGUUGACUGAUGACUUAGCAAUAGAAUGUGUGUACUGACCUAGGUCACCUAGAGUUCAGAAUAGAUGUACUGAUUGGCAAGUUUUUUUUUUCUUUGAUCAUUCUGGUAGCUCUUGACUCGGCUGAUCUUACAUUGUAAACUCUAGAUAUGCAAAGACUUUUUUUUUUUAAAUUCAUGAUUUCGUGCUUUUAUCAGACAAGGUGCAGCUUGUCGUCUGUAACCCAAAGGGUUGAUUUGAUUGAAUAUUGGAAUAUUUUUGAGUUGAAAGACAAAUUUUUAAUUAGUGUUUUUAGCAGGUUUUCCGCUACUGGUUGCUGUUUUUCUUUUUUCCAUCUUAGAGUAAUCUGUGGCACGCCAUGCUGUUGUUAGGAAAUAAGUUUGUCUAAGGCCAUGUUAUGCUUGUUGAUUUUACAGAUUACCUUUACAGGAAUGCUUAAUGAGUUUCACCCACCUGGUCCACAUUCUAAGUGCUUGUUUUAAAAUGUGAUUUCUGUAGAAUUACAGUUGAUUCUUCAUUCUCCUUUUAAAAAAAGACACUUAAUAGGGAGUUUUUCAUUACAUUUGUGAUUGGCACAUUCUUCUGCAAAAAAUAAUGUUGCCUUUUUUUUUUUAUUAACCUAUUUUGAUAUUCACCAUUAUGUUUGAGUUUUAUAAUUAUUAUUAUAAAAUGACUGUUAUAACUGGCAACAAAAGUAAUGUGGAAAUUAUAAUUUUGCAACAUGAAUUCCUGAAUGUUGAUCUGCAUCUUGAUGUUCAGGCCAUACUACUGAUAAACUCUUGAUGGGGGUUGGGGGAAGUAAUGGAUGAAAUUCUUUAAGCUAAUGAGACUGAAGAACUCAGAUGGCAUAGUAAAUGUAAAUAUUACAGGCUGCCAAUGUAACAGUAGUAUGUGUUAGAAACGCUUAGCAUAAUGUUGACAGAGCUGUGUUGAAUUACAAAAACCUGUUGUAUGUUGUUAGUGUAGUCUCUAAAGUAACUGUUAAUCAGAUCUUUAGUGUUAUAAAUGGAAUAAAAAUGGCAUGUUUGAUGAUUUUAUUUAAAACCUGUUCCUUUUUGUUGGGGUUUUUCCUUUGGUUCUGACUUUUCAAGGUAUAACUUGUGAUCUUUGUGAUUAUACAGAAAAAUCACAAUACCUUUGUUAGAGUGGUUAUUUCUAGUGGAUGGAAGCAACUAAGUACAGUUUCCUUCAGAUUUGUUCUUAUUUAAAAUUAAGGUAUUAAAUGGCAUGAUAAUGGAUUUUUUUCUUUUUUUUUUAAAGAAAGCUCAAGUUCUUUAAAAGCUAAUGAAUGGACAUGAUAAUCUAUGCAGCAAUUCUUUCCAAAACUAGUACAGUUUUUGAAAAUGGAGACUUGGGUGUGCUUAGACGUUUUGCAAUGUUUGUUUGUUUUUUUUUGUUUGCUUGUUCACAUGUACAUAAUGCUCUUUGUCUUCAUAAAGUUGACCCAAGGAUUAGAAAGUAAAAACAUGACCACAGUAUUGAAAUCCUGCUGUUUUAAACCUGCUACAAGUUUGGCCAAGAAAAAAGUCUUGUUGACACUGAAUACUAAAUUCAAAUCAUUUUGGUAUGCUUCUCUUUAUAUCCUGUUCUUAAUAUAUUGUUUCACCAGUGAAAGAUGAGCUGUUUCAUGUAUUUGGCAAAUAAUUUCUUUUACUUUAAAUAAUGGUAAUACUAUGACUAGCUGCUUGACAAAGUAAUAGAGUAAAGAUGAAUUUAAUCCUAGAUGCUGCCAAGGGUGGCUGUAAUGAUUUGGGAGUAACUAUUAUUAAGAAUAGUACCCAUACUUGCUGUCUUGCCGUGACAUGCCCACAGUAUUCAUCAUAAAAAAGAUUGUACUAUCUUUAAAGGUUGGCAAAACAAAUUUUAUCAAAAUAUUAGACAAUAUCAUCACUAGGCAUUGUUUGUUUUGGCAUUAUUUUCCAUCCAAAGAAUUAAUAGCUGCAUGCAUUUUUUGGAUGUAUUAAAAAAGAGAGAACGUGACAGUUUGUGUACGUAUAGAAUUUUUUCUGAGCUCCUCAGCUAAUUUCCUUUCUCCAUUUAGUAUACUUGCCCCACCUGCUACUAGCAUUUCAGAGAUCAUGUAAAUGUGUGGUAGUUUUUAAGUUGGCUUGAACAAAGACUGGGGAGAUGCCUUGACUUCAAAGGAAGUUUUGCUGUUAAGUGAUGUUGAAAGAAGCAAAAGAACAUCUCAUGCCAGUUAUAUUUUUGAGGCUAUUGUGUAUUUUAAUCAAAAUUGUGCACAAAUAUUGAGUUUGCCGAGAGUAUUGAUACAAAUUGUUUUUAUAAAAACUUGCUUCUAAAGCCUGUGAUUGCCAUGUCAGUUGUCAAAUGCAGCUCAGUUUUGGACUGCCUUCUGUGCUCUUUAAUCAACUAUUAAGUCUUUAAAUUUUAUUACAUACUUUUCUCUGUGUAUGCUAAUAUUGUGUUCACAUUUAUGAUGGUUGAAAGAGCAGCAAAUUUAAAGCAAAAAGUUCUUUAUUAAGAUUUGGAACUAGAAGUGGUCUAGAUUCAAUGGUGAAACAGCAAUCAUUAUCUCCUUGAACUGGAUUCUGAAUCUAAAACCAAACAGAACUUUUUUGCUUGCUGAACAACACUAUAGUAACUGCUGUUCACACUAGCAUUAUAAGAAAGAUUCCCUGGAGAGUGUGUGUUUUUAGGACUUUUUCAAUAGUUAAGUAUGCAACUGCUUUGUAUGAGGAAAAAACCAAAAAGCAGCUGCUGGACUGUCACUCAAGAGGCCAAAAAUGGUGAGCAUAGUCAGCCAGCACGUCUCUGAUGGUCCCCUAACUCACCCAUCCCGGGACCAGGAAUGGCUGGUACCAGUCAAGAGAUGAAUGACAAUGAUUGACAAUAUAUAGCUGCUCAGAAAAAUGGCUUACAAUUGUUUGCAACUGUCAGUUCUCAAGUAUGCUUGUCCUAUAUACAGUUUUGAUAAAUUGAAAGAAUACACUGAAAAAUGAGAAUCUAAUAACUUUGUUGAUACGGUCACCAAGAAUGUAUGAUAGCUUUUUUGUUGAGGUUUUGAAUUACAUAUUUUUAAAAAUGUACAUAUAAACCAUAAAAUGUAACCAUUGAUGUCUUACAGGAUUUAUCACAUGGGAGGUGGAUGGUUUAAGCAGAUACCAUCAAGUGAGUUACAAGCUACAUGUGAUUAAAAAUAUCUUAAAAUAUGGUCAUCACAA